AACAUAUCGGAAACAUCGUUAUAUAGAAACUACUGGAUCCUCGGGCAUAUAUCAUGAUAAUAUGAGAUGAAGCCUAGUUACGAUUUGUCUGAGAUUGGAAUAGCUAAAACGCUUCAAAAAUGCAAACAGUUUUUACCACAGCUACAAGUUGCUAAUGAUGAACUUUUAGACAAAAUAUCAUCCGGCGACAGAAGUUGCGUUAUAGAUAGUGAUAUGCUUGUUUACCGCGGUAAACAUGAGCCCAAGCCUAGUACUGGGGACGAGGGUGAUAUAGUUUUAGAUGUAGGAGUUGGCGUUUUUGACGUCAAUAACCCUUCUGUCGAUGGCAGUAGCCUGAAGACGUCAGGCAUAACUACUGUUACUUUACCAGAUAAUAGCGAGGUAUUUGCAGAGGAGCAACCGCUGAUAAUGGAGGUUGACACACGCCCUCAUCCAGCGUGAUAUCAUUUAUACCACGGCUGAAUAAGCUAUU